AAAAAAAAAAAAGUUUUAUGGGCGGAUGGAAGGGGCCGGGGCAGCGCCGGGGAAGGGAAGGGCCGGAGGAGCGGCGGCGGGCAGCCGAGAGGGGCGGCGGCGGCGCGAUUCCCGCGCCGCUGGGCCCGGCCCGAGAGCCCUCUCCACUUCCCUGCCUCCUGCUCCCGCCGCCCCGGGGCGCCGCCAUGACGCCCGAUCUGCUCAACUUCAAGAAGGGAUGGAUGUCGAUCUUGGACGAGCCUGGGGAGUGGAAGAAGCAUUGGUUUGUGCUGACAGAUUCAAGCCUUAAGUACUACAGGGACUCCACCGCAGAGGAGGCAGACGAGCUGGAUGGCGAGAUCGACCUGCGCUCCUGCACGGAUGUCACCGAGUACGCGGUGCAGCGCAACUAUGGCUUCCAGAUCCACGAUGCUGUCUACACCUUGUCGGCCAUGACCUCGGGUAUCCGGCGAAACUGGAUCGAGGCUCUGAGGAAGACCGUGCGGCCAACCUCUGCCCCGGAUGUCACCAAGCUCUCGGACUGCAAUAAGGAGAACACGCCGCACAACCAGAAGGGCUCCCUGAAGGCGGGGGAGCAGCGGGUGGGCUCUGAGGUCAUCGGUCGGGGCGGCCCACGGAAGGCGGACGGGCAGCGGCAGUCCCUGGACUACGUGGAGCUCUCCCCGCUGACUCAGGGCUCCCCGCAGCGGGCCCGCACCCCGGCCCGCGCCUCUGAACGCCCGGCCAAGCAGGAGGAGCUGGAGCGGGACCUGGCGCAGCGCUCCGAGGAGCGUCGCAAGUGGUUUGAGGCCACGGACGGCAGGCCCGUGGAGACGCCGACCGGCGAGGCGCCGCGCCGGGGCCUGGGGGCCCCCCUGACCGAGGACCAGCAGCGCCGCCUCAGUGAGGAGAUCGAGAAGAAGUGGCAGGAGUUGGAGAAGCUGCCCCUGCGGGAGAACAAGCGGGUGCCUCUCACCGCCCUGCUCAAAAGCCGCGGGGAGCGCCGCGGGCCCCCGCGUGACAGCCACGAGGCGCUGGAGGAAGGAGGUGCAGUCCUCUCCGCGCCCCAGCUGGAGGCAUGGCGCCUUCAAGGAGAGGCCCCUCAGAGUGCACCCAGGCCCCAGGAGGACAGCCAUAUCCCCCCAGGCUACAUCUCGCAGGAGGCGUGCGAGCGCAGCCUGGCCGAGAUGGAGUCCUCGCACCAGCAGGUGAGAGAGCUGCAGCGGCACCACGAGCGGGAGCUGCAGCGGCUGCAGCAGGAGAAGGAGUGGCUCCUGGCCGAGGAGACGGCGGCCACGGCCUCGGCCAUCGAAGCCAUGAAGAAGGCCUACCAGGAGGAGCUGAGCCGGGAACUGAGCAAGACACGGAGUCUCCAACAGGGUCCAGAUGGCCUUCGCAAGCAGCACCAGUCGGACGUGGCGGCGCUGAAGCGGGAGCUGCAGGUGCUGUCAGAGCAGUACUCGCAGAAGUGCCUGGAGAUCGGGGCCCUGACGCGGCAGGCCGAGGAGCGUGAGCACACGCUACGGCGCUGCCAGCAGGAGGGCCAGGAGCUGCUGCGCCACAACCAGGUGACUGCACGCCGCCUGUCAGAGGAGAUCGACCGGCUGCGCGGCUUCAUCGCCUCGCAGGGCACCAGCGACGGCUGUGGACGCAGCAGCGAGCGGAGCUCCUGUGAGCUGGAGGUGCUGCUGCGGGGGAAGGAGAACGAGCUCCAGUUGAAGAAGGAGGUGCAGUGCCUCCGGGAUGAGCUACAGAUGCUGCAGAAGGACAAGGAGCGCUUCACUUCGGGAAAGUACCAGGAUGUGUACGUAGAGCUGAACCACAUCAAGACACGGUCAGAGCGGGAGAUCGAGCAGCUGAAGGAGCACCUGCGCCUUGCCAUGGCUGCGCUGCGGGAGAAGGAGUCGAUGCGCAACAGCCUGGCCGAAGUAAGGUCCUGGUGGCCCAGCCCCGCGGCAGACGCCCCCAGACUGAGGGGACCAGUCAGUCGCCCUCCUUCCUGCUGGAUGGAAGUCAGAAGCCAAGCUUUCUCCCCGCCCGCUGUGGGCCGCACGUGCACUCGUCCCCACCACACACACGCACACAGGUGCACACACGCGCACACACACGCGCGCGCGCGCACACACACACACACACACACACACACACACACUCUGCGUAUCUGAGCGCGCCCCUCGCACUGGGUCUUACCUUUUGCACCUUCUUCAGGAUUUUAUAUGUGAAGAGAUUUUUAUAUAGAUUUUUUUUUCCUUCCCCCCCCAACACUUUAUACUUUGAAAAAACCAAUUCCUGGACGCUGGCUCCCCCUCUGUCUCCAGCCACGGGGGGCUCAGGCUUCUGGGCCCGUGGCCCGGCCCCAGGGGGUGGGGGGAGGGGGGUCCAGCAGGGGCGCAGCAGCGGCCACGGCAGCGUUGACUCUGGUGGGAGAGGCAGGGAGCCAGCCAGCCACCCUCUUCCUACCCUACCUCCCACUAACUACUUCCUGCCCUGAGGGGACCCACACCUUGGGACUCUGGACAGAGGGACAGAUGGGCAGAGGGAGCCGGCAGCUCCCUAAGGCUUCACCUCCUCCUCUGAGGGGGUGCUGGGCACGGAACCACUGGAGCCGCCCCAUGAAGGCGUUUCUCUUCUGCUCCAUAAGCCUUCUUAACUUAAUAAAAUAUUCCCGCGGC